AUGGGAGCUCCACCUAUUCAUCAUGAACCAACAGUUAAUGAAAUCCUUCUCCAAGACCAAGAUUGUGAACCACUAUUCCGUAAUAGUGGGUGGCUAGAAUAUUUUCUAAAGUCGACUGAAUUUAAUGAGAAAAUUGUGAGGGAAUUUACCCACAUAUUUUCAGAUGGAGAAGCCCAGGUAAAAGGGUUGAGAGUUGUGGUGAUAGAGGAACAGAUUGCGGAGAGGGAAAAGGGAAAAGACAAACAAAUUGACACCAAACAGAAGGAGGAGAGGAGUAAAAGUAGAGAUGUGACCCCUCUUGUUCCUAAGAAACAAAAAGUCACAAAAACAGUUUCUCCUACAACCACUAAAGUAGUAGAGGAAUUAACUAUAGGAAGCAGUCCUGCACCCACCCAAGAGAAAUCUCAUCAAAAAAGUGGUAGGCUUCAGAGAAAUCCUAGGGGUCAGGGGCAAAUAGAGGAAACAAAUGUCACCAUUUUAAUUGAUUCUACGGAACAUGGGCCACACAGUCCUCAUCAGAGUAAUGUUCCUUCAUCUCCACCUAAGGAACUAAGAAGGAAAGAAGAAAAAGAUAAAGAAUUAGAAAAAGAUGAGGAAGCAAAAAAAGAUGAAGAGGAAGAAAAGGAAGCAGAAAAAUAUGAAGAGGAAGAAAAGGAAGAGGAAAAGGAUGUAGAAGGAGAGUUUUAG